ACUUGAAAAAUAACUCAAAACGCAAAAUUCACAAUUACAAUAACCCUAGCAAAUAUUGAGAUGAAACAAGAACUCUAUCUACAACCCCGCGCAAGCGCGGAGGCAGUGACCCUAGUUCUCUAAAAUGACGUAUAUUAAAAAACGGAAGGAGUAAUAAUUUACAUAUAUUUUAGUCACUUUCUUAAUAUUAAUAUGUUUGAAAAAUAUCAAAAUGACAUUUAUUUAGAUUGAAACUCAAAUUUUUUCGAAUAUUAUAUCAAAUAUACCUCUAUUGAUUUCGCACUUAUACAAUUUACUUCAAACUUCAAAGCAUCAUAAAUGAAAAAAAAAAGAUUAAUUACAUGAUAACGGCCAAUGGGAACGUAAAAUCUAUAGAAAUGAACUCAAUCGUCACUAACCAAGAACGGUUACAAGUAUGAAAAGACCUUUUCGGCUAAGUAUAACGAGCAAUUAAAGAGAAUUUAUUUGGAAACUUCUCAAACACGCUUUACUAAUAAUCCCUAUCGCUCCUCUCCCUAUAUAAACAGGUCUAUUUCACGACUAAACUCCACACCUACAACAGUCAUGGAAGAAUCACACAGUUCAGACUUGAUUUCUAAAAGACAGCGUCUCGAUUCUUACAUAGCCGGAGAUAUCACAAACCCUAAAGGCGAGGGUUCUUCUAAGCUCGUCCAGUUUGCUGACAAUGUCGUCUACAGAUUGUACUUCAAAGGCUUGGUGAGUGACGAGGUGGUGGCGGCUGAGAGUGGAGAAAGGACCGUGACGGCUGGAUUCGGAGUUGCGAUUUGCGACGUGGCGGAUAACUUGUUGUAUGAGAUGAAGGAGUCACUGAGUGACGGCGGCGAGGUUAAGCGCAGAGGAGUGGAGAUUAGGGCAUUGAUUCAUGGCUUAAGUGAAGCCUUCAACAUGGGGAUCAGACAUGUCAGGAUUCAUUGCGAUGAUUAUCCCAUUUUUCAAUUUAUAAAUGGUGGAGACAAGCCUAAACAGAACGAAAUGCGUCAGCUAGUGAACGAAGUUUGUCGCUUGAAAGAAAAAAUGGACUCUUGUGAACCUCUUAUGGUUGCACGGAACGAUGUGAAGUUCGCUUUCAAGCUGGCUAGAGAGGCAAUAGUUUCUCAAAGCAGCAGCAGCUUGGAUAUGAAGGCAGCACAGGGAGAAACAUGUGCCAUCUGUCUCGAAGAAACCGAUGCUGGGAGGAUGUUCUCGACUGAACAAUGCCAUCACCGCCAUUGCUUUUCUUGUGUGAAACAGUAUGUGGAAGUGAAGCUGCUUAGCGGAAUCGUGCCCACGUGCCUUGGUGAAGGAUGCAAGUUAGAGCUCACUCUUGAAAGCUGCAGCAAGAUUUUGACGCCUAGGGUGACUGAGAUGUGGAAACGGAAGAUGAAAGAGGAUUCGAUCCCCGCUGCUGAGAGAAUCUACUGCCCGUAUCCAAACUGUGCAAUGUUGAUGUCCAAAUCUGAUCUUUCGAGCGAUGCUGACCAAUCGAAAGGUCAAGAAUGUGUCAAAUGCCGUGGACACUUUUGUAUUGAUUGCAAUGUACCAUCGCAUACCGAUAUGUCGUGUGAUGAGUACAAGAAACUGCACCCUGACCCUUUAGUUGAUGAGCUAAAGUCUCUGGCAAACGACAAUAAGUGGCGUCAAUGUGUCAAGUGUAGGCACAUGAUUGAACUUUCUCAUGGUUGCAACCACAUGACUUGCAGAUGUGGAUAUGAGUUCUGCUACAAAUGUGGGGUAGAAUGGAAGAAGAACCAAAAUUCGUGCCCCUCGGGUUGUCUACUUACUGGCCAUGGUGAUUAUGAUGAUGAAGAUGAUGAUGAUGGUGACUCUGAACAUUCUUGUGAAGAGGAUAUGUGUGAAUGCUAUUAUGAUGAUGAUGGUGUUCGUUGGCGCGACUGGUUAGACUUUGUGGAUCAUCAACCUCCUAUCUAUGACAUGUCGCCGCUUCCUCCGGGUGCGGUGCAUGAGUAUGAAGCUUUUGACAUUGAAGAAGGCAAUGAUGAUGAAUAUGACGAUUACGACAACUACGGUGGCCUAACGGAAUCUGACCAUGACGGAGGGUUUAAUGAGGACGUCUACAGGGAAUAUUAUUCUCUCUAAUCUAUCCUUUUUUUUAUCAAAAGAAAGAUUAGAGUUGUUUUGGAGAAUACUUUUCCAUAUUUUCUUUGUCUCUUCCUUCGUUAUGUUUAAAUUAAAAAUUAAUUUAAGACAGUGUUUAAGUAACAUUCUGCAAAAAAAAAAAAGCUUUGCGCUUUGGGUUGUUAAUUUCUUUUCUUUUUUCCAUUGAAUGUUUUUUUUUGAAAUUUUCAUUGAAAGUAAGAUGUAUCUUUUGUUCGGAAAUUUGCUAGGGGUUGUUCAUCGUUUGGAUUGGGCCUAGCGAAUUGUGAUGCGAAGAUGAAUAAAUAAGAUCGGAAGACGUUUAACACUCCCGAUCCAGUUGUUGGCUAAACAAGCUAUGUUAUUGUUCGAAGAUCCAGUUGUUGGCUAAACAAGAUACAUUAUUGUUCGAACAGAGCAAUGUAAUCAGAUUUAAAUUGAUGAAAAUAAAUGUUUAUAUAUUAGCAACGGGAAGGUUACAGAGAAUACGAGUUACAAUCUAACCGAAAGUAACUAAGGAUGAUAACAUAAACCUGGCCGAAGAUUAGGUUUAAACCUCGAGGUCGAAGUGUUUUGGUGUGUGUGUGAACAGUGCCGGCCUUGGGCAGAAGCAUAGGCUUCCGGUCCGGUUCAUAAUAAGUAAAAGUUCGGCCGUGUUUGCCAAAAAGCUUUGGUAGCAGAGUUAGUAAACCGUAAUAUUGGGGAUGACUGGUAAGUGACGUGACUUUUAUUUUUUGGUUUUAGAAUAACAGCCGUAGAUUUUAUCGACGUAGCUGUAGAUUAAUUAUUUCCAGAGCACUAAAUAGCUUUAGUAAAUUUGAUUUUCAAAGCUAUUUUGUUUCCUAUUUUAGUUUUUAUGGCUGUAACUUUAAAUUUUUUCUUAAAGCAUGAUUGAUAAACUAAAGUGGAUGUAGAAAAAAAAAAUUUUGGAAAGGACUCACAGCACUUAGCAAUCACCGCCAUUAUACUCUCUGUUCAAAAAUGCGGCCGCCUAGCCGUCUAGGCCGCCGCCUAGGCUUUGUUUAGAGGUUGACCGCGGUGAAUAUGCCCAAAUCGGUAUAUCUAUACGUUGAUCCGCGUUGAUCCGCGUAAGACCGUCUAAUUCCCGCGUUGACCGCCUAAUUCCCGCAUAAUUUCCGCCUAGACCGCCUAAGUUUUUUUUUCUUUUCUUUUUUUUCGUCCGUGUAAAGUUGAAACAUGGUUGAUUAUUUUUACUCAUUAUUGACAGAUUUUGUGUAAUUAUUCAUUACUAAAUAAUUACAAUUAACUAUCAACCUCAAAACAAACACAUAAUUACUUCAUUUAGAAUUUUUUUUGUACCAAAAACACAAUAAUCUAGAUGUUCGACAAAUCAAAAAGAGACUGUUUAAAAUUAUAUAUAAAAAAUUAUAUAAUUAUGUCUAAGAACAUGUGUCAUCAUGUUUAAAAAUAGCUAAAUAUAUUAAAUUGUAUUUAAAACUAGGCUCCGCGUAAUCUCCAGUACUCCCUGAUUUUUUGGUAACUCCCUAAACCCGGGGUUACCGUCCGACUAGCGCCUAGCGUAGUUCCGAACAUGGAUUAUACUUAGGAGUGGGCACUUUACCCGAUAUCCGAAGCCGCACCCGAA